AUGGCAGCCAGCGUUUCCCACUGGCACAGCUACCUCGGGGUGAUUGUGUCCCGCGAGAGGCAGCAGCUGGAGCACUUCCAGCGGGCUGAGAACAUCCUGCUGACCCUGCUGGAGGGCGUCCACGCCAGGGAGCCUCGCUUCCUUGUGGACUAUGCCAGGAACCUGGAAGCUUUUGAGUUUGCUCUCUCUGCCUCUGAGGAUGCUGUCUGUGGAGGUCUGGAGGUCCCCCUGCGGAUCAAUGGUGAUGCUCUGCGGGUGCUGGCGUGCUGCCCUGGGGACACCCCAGCUGGGCACCGUUCGGGGAUGGGCACCUGCUGUCUGGGAGUGCCCUCUCCAGGGACUGACUUGGAGGACUGGACCAGUGCCGUGGGUGUGGUGGAGCAUGGAGGUGGCGCAGGUUGCCUGGUUCCGGACAAAGUACUCCAUCACCUGAAAGAGCUCCUUGUUUCGGCUAUCGUGUGCUGCCAACGCCGCUUCCUGCUUCAGCCAGGUGACCUCAGUGCUGAAAAUCUGUGGGAAGAUGCUAUGGAGCUCUCGCUGCUGAUCCGCGGUGGCUGGAAGACUGUCCGCUUUGACAUUGUCCCGGUGGUGAGGAGGCAGCAGGAGCCACUCCAGCUCAAGGGGCGGCAAAGCAACAGGGGUUUCCCUGAAGGCAGUCUCCGGAAGGCCACGGAAGAGGCCCACUUCAUCCCUGCCUCUCCCCAUUGCUGGAGAUCCUCCACUCACCUCCCCAUCCUGAAGCUGCUCCAGGCAGUGGACACACUGAAGGGACCCCGUCUGGACAGUCUUCGCCUGCUCGACCAGCUCCGCAGCCAGGACUGGGGAGAGGAGCGGGGGAAAGGUGGUUUCACCUUCAACCACCUGAAGAUGGUGCUGCUGUGGAGCACAGAGCUCUUCCCGUCCCCAGAGGACUGGCAGGACCUGGAGGGCUCUGUCUACAGGCUCUUGGUGAUCCUCCUCCACUGCCUGGCCACUGGGCACUUGCCCCACUUCCUGCACCCGGAGGAGAACCUCUUCCAAGGAGAGCCCCUGGACCUCGCCUCCCUCUACCGUAAGGUGGAAAGCUUCGCCUGGGACCCCCGACGCUUCCUCCGCUUCCAUUUUGGCUUCCCUGCACGCACUGACAGCUGGCAGGCAGACCCCGGCACCCGAGCCCUCCUGCAGCUCCCCGCCAAGGACGGGUCAUACUGGGACACAGCCUACUUUGACAUCCUGCUCAGCCAGUUCCAGGUGUACCGGAUCGAGGACGGCGCACGCCACUCGGCAAUGUCCCAGCUCCUCUCCAAGAUCCAGCGAGAAAUCUCCCAGCAGAGCUGA